AUGAAGCUGUCAGCCGCAGAUGCUGGGAUCUCAUUGUAUUGUUGCUUCAAGAGGAUCCUGCGAGACGGCCCGCUAUCGAAGACAUUGAAAGGCACAACUGGUGAGUUUGUCGCAAGAAGGGUAAGAAGGUAAGAAGGAAUCAACGUUUAACUUGCGUCUCAUGCAGGCUGUCUGGUCGACCGCCUGUUAGUAUUCUGCCGUGCUCCGUCCAGGGACCCAACUCUAUGGGAUAUCACGCGACGGCCUCUCCCCUUUCGGCACCUUCUCCGCAUGAUAGCCACAAUCGUCUUGGCUACCACGUCGAGACACGCUUCAAAGUGCCCAACGGUCGGGGCGGCUAUCGUGUGGUAG